AUGCAGAUGAUCCGGAACAUGAUUGUGUCUGUGGCGAUGUCGUUGACACUUUUCGCGUCGAUGGCCUCCUUUUUGGUUGUAUACGCCACUCUGGGAUCUACGAAGUCUCCUGCCGACAUCUUCUCCUCGGUUUCUCUUUUUAACUCCUUGACCCAGCAGGUGUUUAUGCUUCCAUUGGCAUUGAGCACUGCCGCUGAUGCUGUUAUUGGAAUCCAAAGAGUGGGUGGAUUUUUGGCCGCUGAAGAAGCGGACAUCGAAGCUCUUAAAACAGAGGUGCGGCCGGAAAUGAUCGAGUACAUGGAUAAAAAAGAUUUGUCGGUAAAAAUCUCCAAUGCCACGUUCAAAUGGGAUUCCUAUCUGAAAGAGAAUUCCGAGGCCGAGUCCAACGAUUCAUCCUCGAUUUCUGAUGAGAAAUCCUCGACCGCUAAGGAAAAUUUGGAGCCUGCAGAGCUGGGCAAGCUCGAGGAAACAUCGAGCUCGUCCUCAGAACUGCUUGAAGCAACCAUUUUCCACUCGUUGCGCAACAUUGACCUAGAAGUUAAGAAAGGCGAGUUUAUUGCCAUUACUGGUCUUAUCGGAACUGGAAAAUCAUCGCUUUUGAAUGCAAUCGCAGGAUUCAUGAGCCGGAAAGAGGGCUCUAUCGAUAUUGUGGGUUCGCUUUUGCUUUGUGGUGUUCCAUGGAUCCAAAACACCACAGUUAAAGACAACAUUUUGUUUGGCAAUCCUCUCGAUGAGAAGAAAUACCAAGAUGUCAUUUAUGCGUGCUCGCUCGAGAGCGACUUGGAAAUUCUUCCGGCGGGUGAUCAGACGGAAAUUGGCGAACGAGGAAUCACUUUAUCUGGAGGCCAAAAGGCACGUAUCAAUUUAGCCAGAGCAGUGUACGCCGAGACAGACAUCAUCUUGUUGGACGAUGUUUUGAGUGCCGUCGAUGCCAGAGUUGGAAAACACAUCGUCAAUUCAUGUCUUAUGGGUUUGAUGGUCAACAGAACCAGGAUUUUGGCGACUCACCAGUUGUCAUUGAUUGGUGAUGCUGACCGUAUCGUCUUCUUGAAAGGAGACGGUACCAUCGAGGUCGGCCUUAUGGAUGAUUUGAAGCUGCGUGUUCCAGAAUUCAGAGAGUUGAUGGCGUACAACGCCGAAACAGAAGAGGAGGACGAAGAGGAAGAAGACUUGGAUGAAGUAGAUGCCGACAAAGAGUUCAUUGCAAAGCAGGUCACUCGACAGUCCACAAUUAUCGACGAGGAGGCAGCUCAUCAUGAUUAUGAUGCCAAUAAAGACAAAGACGGGAGAUUGAUCAUAGAAGAGGCCAGAGCCGUGAAUGCUAUCUCGUUUAGCAUCAUCAGGGACUACGUGAAGUAUGGUUCGGGAAUAUUUAAGCACUACUCGAUUGUGCCUUUGAUCAUGUGUCUCACAAUUCUUGCAGUCUUUUGUCAGUUGUUCACCAACACUUGGUUGUCAUUCUGGACCGAGCUUAAAUUCUCCGGCAAAAGUAACGGCUUCUACAUCGGAUUCUACGUCAUGUUCACCGUGUUGGCUUUUGUCUUUAUUUCAGUGCAGUUCUUGUCUCUCGCCUACAUGACUAUAAAGGCAUCUACUGUUUUGAACAUCAAGGCUGUCGAGCGUGUUUUGCGUGUGCCCAUGUCUUACAUGGAUACAACGCCCAUGGGCAGAAUCAUCAACAGAUUCACUAAGGAUACAGAUACCUUGGACAAUGAGAUUGGCAACCAGCUCCGUAUGGUUGUUUACAUUUUUUCGAACAUCGUUGGUGUGCUCAUAUUGUGCGUGAUCUAUCUUCCUUGGUUUGCCAUUGCCAUUCCGGCUUUGGUGGCCAUCUUUGUCUCUAUCUCCAACUUCUACCAAGCGUCUGGAAGAGAGAUCAAGCGGUUGGAGGCUGUACAAAGAUCCUUGGUUUACAACAAUUUCAAUGAGACUUUGAGUGGCAUGGAUACCAUCAAAGCGUACAAGAGGGAAGACAUGUUUGUUGACAAAAACAGUACGCUCAUUAACCGCAUGAAUGAAUCGUACUAUAUCACCAUUGCAAAUCAGCGUUGGUUGGCUAUUCAUUUGGACGUUGUUGCCACGAUACUUGCGAUUGUUAUCUCGCUCCUUUGUGUGUUUCGUGUCUUUGACAUAACCGCUUCAUCUGUUGGUUUGCUUUUAUCAUAUGUCUUGCAAAUUGCAGGUCAAUUGUCGCUUUUGGUGAGAAUGUUGACUCAAGUCGAAAACGAAUUUAACUCUGUUGAGAGAAUCUGUGAAUACGCUUUCAAAUUGCCCCAAGAAGCCCCUGCAAUCAUAUCCGAGACGACACCCAAAGAAUCGUGGCCCACCAUGGGUCAGAUAAGAUUUGAAAAUGCGUCUUUAGCCUACAGACCGGGAUUGCCUCUUGUUUUGAAAAACUUGAACAUGGACAUUAAGCCGACAGAAAAAAUCGGUGUUUGCGGCAGAACCGGUGCAG